AUGGGAAAACUCAUUCGCCUGGAGCUUUUCAAUUUCAAGUCUUACAAAGGACAUCAUACGCUACUCUUUGGAGAUGCCUACUUCACAUCAAUUAUUGGCCCUAACGGGUCUGGCAAGUCAAACUCGAUGGAUGCCAUCUCGUUCGUUCUAGGAAUCAAGUCUUCCCACCUGCGAUCUACCAACCUCCGUGAUCUUGUAUACCGUGGUCGUGUUUUGCGCACGUCAAAAGUCGAUGGGGCGCCUGCCAACGGAGAGAAUGGCGAGCAAGAAGAGGACGAAGAAAUGGAUGCUUCGCAAGAUGCCGGUGGCAUGGACGACCCGAAGACCGCCUGGGUUAUGGCUUGCUAUGAAGAUGAUGCGGGUGAAGAGCAACAAUGGCGUCGUUCUAUCACCAGCCAAGGCGCCAGCGAGUACCGCAUUAACAACAAAAUUGUCACCGCUCAGCAAUACAACGAGGCUUUGGAGGAUGAGAACAUCUUGAUUCGCGCGCGCAACUUCCUCGUCUUCCAGGGAGAUGUGGAGGCUAUAGCAUCCCAAUCGCCUCGAGACCUUACUCGGUUGAUCGAACAAAUUUCCGGCAGUUUGGAGUACAAGGCCGACUACGAGAAGUUGAAGGCAGAGGCGGAGGAGAUGGCUGAGCAGCAGACUGUUCAACUGAACCGUCGGCGAGGCAUCAACUCCGAGGUCAAGCAGUACCAAGAGCAGAAGCGGGAGGCCGAGAACUACGCCAGGAAGGCCGAGGAACGUGACCAGGCGAUCAUUACCCACAUUCUAUGGAAGCUCUUCCAUUUCCAGCGCUUGAUCGAUGAUUCGAGUGCUGACAUUCAGAAAUACCAGGAUGAGCUUAAGGAAUACCGCCGUGGUGUCGAGAAAUAUGAGACGAACGUUGAAGAUGCCAAGAAAGAGCAUGCCCGUGUUGGCAGAGAUGUCAGCAAGGCUGAGAAGAGUAUCGUGAAAAAGGAGAAGGAAAUCGAAGAACUCAACAACUCUCUGGUACCCGUCGAUGAGAAGGUUGACAUUACCCAGAAAAAGGUUGAGCGAUACGCAUCGAAAAUCGACGAGAUUAGGAAGGAGCGUACAACCUACUCCAAUGGUGCUAAGAAGCUGAAAAAUGACCUGAAGCUCGUAGAGAAAGCUCAGGCUCAAUGGGAGACCGAGUGGCAAAAGACAACAAGCAAGCAGGGCAUUCAGCUCAGUGAAUCUGAUCAGCAAGAAUACCAUAAGCUCCGGGAAGAAGUGAGCAAACGUUCAUCUGCAGAUCAACUGAAUCUCGACAAUCUGCAGAGACAACGGAAGACCGAAGCCGAAGCUGUUAACAGCCUGAAAGGCAAGUUCGAAGGUACUCAAUGGCAGCUGAAAAGCCUGGAGUCGGAUGCUCAGAACAUGAUUGAGCGUCAAGCAUCUCUUGAGGAUACGACAAAGAUUACUUCCAAGGAAAUCGAGCGCAAGAAAAAGGAGCUCAACACCUUGACAUCGGAGCGCCUGAAGGUCUCGCAAGUGAGGACGGAGCUCGAGGAGAAGCUGCAGGUUGUGCUGAGGAAGCUGCUUGAAGCAGACAACGGAAAAAAGCAGAACGAGCGUGAGCUGCGCGCCAAAGAGAUGAUUUCGACUCUUAAACGUAUCUUCCCCGGUGUCAAGGGACGAGUCAGUGAUCUAUGCAAGCCCAAGCAGCGUAAGUAUGCUGAGGCAGUUAGCACCGUUCUAGGUCGCCAUUUCGAUGCUAUUGUGGUGGACAAUGAAAAGACUGCCAAGGAAUGCAUCCAGCAUCUUCGCGACCAGCGUGCAGGCCUGGCAACCUUUCUGCCAUUGGAUACCAUCCAGGUGAAGCCUGUCAACUCCAACUUGAAGGGCAUGCACCGAAAUAUGCGCCCGGCCAUUGAGACCAUCGACUAUGAGGACUCGGUCGCUCGUGCUAUUAGCUACGCCUGUGGAAACUCUAUUGUUUGUGAUGAUCUGGACACAGCAAAGUACCUUUGCUACGAGAGGAACGUUGAUGCUAAAGCUGUUACCCUGGAUGGUACAGUGAUCCACAAAGGUGGUCUCAUGACCGGUGGACGAGGUCCCCAGCAGAACUCCAAACGCUGGGAAGAUUCUGAAGUGGAGAAUCUCUACAAGCUGAAGGAUAAACUGAUGGGCGAUCUUGGCAAUCUUCCUAAGAGCCACCACCGUGGCUCGGAGGAAGAAACCCUGCAGGGUGAGCUGGUUGGUCUCGAGCAGCGAUUGAACUACUCCCGCGAAGAGCUGAAGGCACUCGAGAGAAACAUCAAGAGCAAGCGCAGCGAGCUAGACUUUGUCAAGCGCCAGUUGGAAGACUUGCGUCCCAAAUAUACUGAGCGCAAGGAGAAUCUCGAUGAGCUGGACCAGACCAUUGAGAUUUCUCAAUCAUCGGUUAGUAAAGUCGAAGAUGAGAUCUAUGGCCAGUUCUGCAAGCGCCUUGGAUAUGAUGAUAUCCGCGAAUAUGAGGCACAACAAGGCUCGUUGCAGGAGGAAGCUGCGCAGAAGAAGCUCGAGUUCACCACCCAAAAGAGUCGUAUCGAAAACCAGCUCAGCUUUGAAUUGCAGCGGAUCAAGGCGACGGAGGACCGUGUCAGCGGUCUCGAGGCCCAGCUUGAGCGCGAUAUGCGUUUGAUUGAGGAGCUUAACAAGGAACAAGAGGAGAUCCGAAACAAGCUUGACGAGUGUGCUGCCGAACUUGAGCUUCUGCGGGAGCACCUGGAGAAGCAAAAGGAGAUAUAUGCGCAGUCAGCAGAGAACUUGGCCGAGCAACGAAGAGAACUGCAGAAGCGCAGCAAACACGUUGAAGCGGCGCUUAAAAACAUUAAUGUGCAUGAAGCUGAAAUCCAGCGUAAUUCGUCUGGCCGUUAUGCUCUUCUCCGCCGAUGCAAGCUUGAAGACAUCGACAUUCCGUUGACCGACUCAUCUAAUUCCUUCGAAAAACUUCCCAUCGAUGAUUUGGUGCAGGCUGCCGAUCCAGAUGCCAUGGAUGUUGACGAGGCUGAUGAGCUUGAUGAAACUCCCAUGGUCCAGGACUACGGAAUUGAGGUCGACUUUGACUCUCUCGGCGAAACACUCAAAGAGGAGGCCGAUGAUAAGCUCGAAGAUGAGUUGCUUGAAAAGAUUCGCCUUCUGAACAGCGAGCUCGAUAAAAUGGCACCAAACACCCGCGCGAUGGAGCGCCUCGAGACGGUUGAGAACAAGCUUCGCAGCACCGAGCAGGACUUUGAGGAUGCGCGCAAGCAAGCCCGGAAGGCCAAGGAGGGGUUCGAGGCAGUGAUGAAGAAGCGUUCCGAUCUCUUCAACAAGGCCUUUGCGCACAUUUCCGAGCAAAUCGGUCCCAUCUACCGGGAAUUGACACGCAGUGCCAACUAUCCGCUGGGCGGACAAGCAUACCUUGAUAUCGAGGACUCGGAUGAGCCCUACCUCGAUGGCAUUAAAUAUCACGCCAUGCCUCCCCUGAAGCGUUUCCGUGAUAUGGAACACUUGUCUGGUGGUGAGAAGACCAUGGCCGCGCUUGCUUUGCUGUUUGCAAUUCACUCAUACCAGCCUUCGCCUUUCUUCGUGCUGGACGAGGUUGACGCAGCCCUUGACAACACCAAUGUUGCCCGCAUUGCCAACUAUAUCCAUGACCAUGCCGCUCCUGGUAUGCAAUUCAUUGUCAUUAGUUUGAAGACUGGGCUGUUCCAAAACAGCGAGGCGCUGGUCGGAAUCUACAGAGAUCAAGAGGAGAAUAGCAGUAAAUCCCUGACUCUUGAUCUCCGCAAAUACACCUGA